AUGACCGACUACGAACCCGUCGACAAGCACUGGUCUCAGAUGGCCAAGAGAUAUAUUCUGGACCCCCUCACUGCCCCGGAACCUUCGCAAGAGACGGGCCCUGGCUCCUCGCACUACAACGUCCGCCUCCGCGCCGCGCCGCCUGAGUCGCCCCGCCGCGCCGACUCCAAAAAGUCCGCCAGCCGCCACCGUGUAUUUGCGAAGCGCUCGCCCAGCGCCAGCAGCGACGAACAAGUUCAAGAUCCCUUCAAGGACAACCGCGCUCCAGCCCAAUUCUACAACAAUCCCACGCCACCUGAGUCUACCGGCCAGUACCACGUCUCUAAUCCGUACUCGGCCCGGCGCUCCCGCCGCUCCUCCAACCUAGACACCCACCACAAGGAAGCGAACUCGCGCCACACCGGCCUCGUCUCCCCGCCGCAAUCCCCCGAGUCGAUUGCGUCUAAAAGCGCCAUCGCCGCCCAGCCUUCUUCUCUCUCCUCGACCGCGGCCUACCACAACGGCCGCCUGCCCAUCCGCUCCGCCAGCGCCCGUGCCCCCGGCCCCGCAUCCCGCCCGCACCCGGAGCAGCACACCCGGAGCCGCAGCGACGGCCACCGCCAUCAUCCGCGCCCGUCUCGUCCGCCCGUCUCUCUCGUCCAGCGCUACCCCGGCGACAUGUCGCACCGCCCUCUCGACAUGAUUAAGCGUGAGACACGCGCCGCCGACCGCCGCCACCGCAAGCGCUUCUCCGAGGCUGACACCAUUGACUUGCUCGAUACCGUUGGUCCGACCUACCACCACGGCGGUCCCUACGACGCCACACUCGCCAGCCGCAACAUGAAUAAGAUGUACUCGCCCGUCGAAGCCGUCCGCGACUCCAACCUCGCCGCCCUGCGCGCCACCCCACGCGAAUUCAUCCAGGACGCCCUCGUCCACCACCGCCCCCUCCAGGGCACCGCCACCAUCCCCAGCGGCGGCUUUGACGCCAGUGGCAACCGCCUCGACUACGAGGAGGGCGCCGACCUUAUGCGCGAGCCCGACGCUCCCGGCGGCGCCUACCGCCGCUACGACUUCAUCGACUACCACCCCAACGACCUCAAGGGCAAGGGCGAGCCCUCAUACUCCAUCGAGCGCCACCUCAAAAAGGACAAGGGUGCCGAUGACGCCAUCGAGAUGGAGAGCAACCCGCUCAUGGCCAAGAGCCUGCGUCGCAAGAGCGUAUCGGGCGGCACUUCCUCGAGCGCCCACACCGGCGCCGAGGAGCAAAGCCUCGGUCGCCAAAACUCGACUGGUCAUCGCAUCAGCGAGGGACUGAAGCGUCGCUUUGGUAGCCUGCGCCGCAAGAAGAGCGCCAGCCCCGACCGGGACUCAUAA